GAGUGAUAAAUACUCCUCACCAUCUCAAAAUAUUGUUGAUCGACUAAAUUUAAAAAUACGAGUCAUGUAAUUCCUAUCCAACCAUUAAAACGUGCCACGAUUGUUGGCAGCCAUGAACGUCUUAAAGAUAUGAUCAACUCCAAACAAAGAAUCAUUUAUCUGAUCGUAUAUGGAUUGUACGUCAAUGGCGUGAUAAAUUAAUUACUCAAUUAAAUAAACUCAAGCAAAAAGAUACUCAUUUAAAAGCUGUUAAACAUAAAACACAAGAAUUUAUGACUAAAUUAAAUGAUUCAUUUGAUGUCAACAUUGAAUCUCUAACACAUUUGGAUCAUAGACAAAAUGAUGAGAAUAUUAUUGAUCCUGUUUUUAAGGAAUUAAACAAGGAACGUGAUCUAUUGAAAGAAAUACAAACAGAUCUUCAACGACAAAUCGACGAAGCAAUCCAUUUAUUAGUUGAAAUAAAUAAUGUAGCAAAACCAUUUUAUUCAGAUAUUUUUAAUAAAAAUGAAGCUGUACAUAUCGAUAUUGAUGUUUAUAAUUUGAAUGAAAAGUCAUCUUGUAUUAGUCAAAAACCGUUCUGUGAACGUUUACCAGAAAGCUCAAUAGAUUUGCAAACAUGGGAGAACAUAAGUUAUCAAACUUUAGGAAAUGCUGAAAAUGUAAUUGAAAAGACUGAUGAUUUACUACAUCGAUUGCAUAAUAGUCUGCAUAAAGCAAUCAACAGGAUGGCGAGUAAAGCUAGUCAAGUAGAUAAUGAACUACGUAGGCGUAUGCAUGAUACUCGUAGAUCAUUACGUGAAAUCGAAUAUCAAAUUAAAAGUACUGAAAAUGAAAGAGAUGAACAUUUAAAAGAUAUAAAAAGUUUAGAAGAUACUGUACGUGCAAAAAAAGAAAGUUUAAAAUUAGCCGAAACACGACUGGAGAAACGUCAUAAUAGAUCGGGGAAUGAAAAUAUUCGAGAUGAUCCACAAUUAAGCCUGCUAGAAGAGUUAUCAAGCCUACGUAAUUGUAUUGAUAUGUUAGAAGAAAAACUUACAAAAUCUAGGAGUAUAUUGGUUAAUUUAGAACAGCAAAUUGUUCAACUACAUUAUGAUACUCAACAGAAACGUAAUGCUUUACAAAUUUAUGAAGAAAUUCAUAAUAUACGUAAACGUCUUGAUUAUACUACAACUGUUGAUAAUGGUACAAAUACAAAUAAUCAUUUGUCAUCAUGUCCAAUGAUACCCAGUGGUAUUCAACGAGAACCAGUUUUAUUUUAAUAAGUGAGAGAGAAUUUAUGAAACUUCAAAAGUUUCUAAUCUUAUUUCAUAACUUUAAAACACGUAAAGCUUAAUUUCUAUUGAUCUCAUUGUAGUUACGUAAUUAUUCUAUUUUAUUUUAUAGUUCUUUGAUAUUUCUUUAUUUCUUUAUGAUCAAUGAGCAUUGAAUAACUAUUUCUGUCUGUGAUAAGAAUGAAUUAUCUUAUUUAUUCAUCAUCAUUAUUUUCAUUUUGUUUGAGAACAAAAAGAAAAAUCUCACUAAAUAUGUCUUUCAUUAAAUAUAAAUCAAAUAUAUUUGAGAUGGUGAAGAAGAUUUAUAGCUCAACUGGAUGAUUUCGAUGAAGUUUUGUUCUCUGAGCUGGAUAUUUUGAUCAUGGAGCUUUCAUCAUUCCUCUGAACGACAUCAUCAACAAAAACCAUCAAAAUCAAAUAUAUUUAUCUUGUUCUACUCUUAUGUAAUAAUACAUUAUUCUAAAUAGUCAAUAAUUAUAAAUACAAAUUCGCUUGGUGUCAACAGAUGUUUAUCAUAAUUAUCAAUGUUAA